CUUGAGUGACAGGCAUUUCAAAUUAUUUCACUCGAGAUCAGCUACUCAUUAAUGUUUAUAUAAAAGGGUGGCUUAGGUCAUAGUAGAGGUAACUGGAAGUACUCGUCACAACGUUACAUUUGGGAACAAGUUUGCCUAAAAUCCAAAUAGAUGACAAACACUAGUUCUCAGGGCACUUUGUCAAAGGCAAAGGCCUCUGCGAUGAUGAGAUCUACUAAAUUCAUGUUAGCACUCGUUAGUGUUGUCACUUUGACAUACUUCACCACUACUAAGCUCUUGAUAUCAACUGUUUCUAGACCUCAAUUGAACAACAGCUUGUUGAAACGUGAUUAUUCGUACGUUGCCCAGGAAAAACCUCGCUUGCCAAUUCAUUCGCAUAACGAUGAAAAUAGAGAUGACCCUGUCUAUGAUGCACUGCUUAUCGGCGCUGCAUCAAUUGAAUCAGAUGUUUGGUCUCUGGACCCAUCUGACGACACUCUGCUCGUGGGUCAUGAUGCCUGGGUAUUGACCAAAGAGAGAAACUUGAAAGAUAUGUACGUUGAUCCUUUACUCCAAAUUUUGGAUGAAGUCAAUCAAGAUCUUCAAGACGGUGAACAUCCAAAUGGGUUUUAUCCAUCUGAUCCAGGAAGCACCCUAUUCUGGCAAAUCGAUGCCAAGAAUGAGCCAGUCAGAGUUUUUAACAAAUUGCAAAAGGUUCUGGAAUCCUUUCAGAAGAAAGGCUAUCUGACAACGUUUAACACUGAGACUGGGGAAUGGUACUACGGUCCGCUGACGAUCGUUAUGACCGGUGCACUUCCAAUUACUUUCCCAGUUGAACAAAUUGCCGGACUGAAAGUGAGAAAUGUGUUUGUAGAUGCACCAUUAGAUGAUCUAUCUGCUCUACAGGCACGUCUUGACUAUUACGGAAACACCGAGAAGUUGAAUACAAUUGCCAUCACAUCUUCCUCCUCAUUCUCAAAAAUCACCGGUACUGAGCUCGAAUUAGUGAAGCUCGGUGGCCUCAGUGACAUAGAAAGGGAAAGAAUUAGACUGGCAUUUGAAAAGGCACAUAAUGAAGGAAUCCUAACAAGAAUCUGGUCAACACCAGGCUCCCCGGAUUCUCACAGAAAUGCAAUUUGGGAAGAUCUCUUGGAUUUGGGCAUCGACCUCCUCAACGUUGAUGAUCUCCUCCCGGCAGCUCAUCUCUUGUACAGUCGCUCCAACUUCUGAUAACUCUCUUC